UAUGAUGAGUUUGCAUCUUUCUGAGAGAAGUGCCACAGUGUGUGCCAUUUUGGCCAUUUCUGAACAAGUGUUUGUGAGCUGCUGCAGCACUUUGCUCAGCUUUGUGUUGUAUACAGAAUGCCAGGCCUAGAUUGCAAGAAAAGACAACCCUGAGAAGAAAACCCACAUAGAGCUGGGGUUAGCGUGGCCUACAACUUUCCAAAGUGCAGGUUCCUCUUCAUACGUCUUCCGCCUUCUACAGUCUUUGCAUCCUUGUGCUCUUGUUUUUGAUGAAGUCAAGCACAGAGAGGAUAAAGUUUUCGGCAUCCAAUAACGACACAAAUCACACCGCUUUGGCUCAAAACUAAGAUCCAUCGUUCAAAAUGCUGGCAAUUCUGUGGUUUGGGUUUGUGCUGGUUGCACUCUCUGCAGGCGACAUUAUCUUCACAAAAGUCGGACAGACGGUCACCUUGGAUUGUGGGGUCAGCGCCUUCCGAAGGCAGCUGUCAUGGAGUCAUAGUCAAAGUGGUUCUAUUUAUGACGAUACUGGGAGGACCGUCCCUCGCAAAGGUUUAUCUAAAAUUGCAAAAAGGUCAAAGGUGAGGACAAUGAAUCUGGAAAUCUCUGGUGUGACAGAAGAUGAUGCUGGAAAACUGACGUGCACUGCAGAUGGGAACCGUCAUGAGCAUACGCUUCUUGUGGUGUCAGCCUCUGUCUCUCCCUCUGCCGUUGUCCAGCGGGGCCAAGAGGCUACACUUGAAUGUAGGAUUAAAUAUCUAAACCCUGGACCUACAGUGAGUUGGAAGAGGCCAAAUGGGUCUCCAUAUGGAGAGUCACCGACAGUUCAUCUCAAAGCUGUCGCUGACUCAGACAUCGGGACCUGGCAGUAUACAAUAACCUACAGCAGGAAGAAUUUCACUGGGUAUCUGGACAUUAAAUUAGAAGUGACUACUCCCGCCACCACCACAUCAAGCGAUUCCAAAAGCGCAAAGGACACCCACAAGCCAUCCGGCAAAGACCCUGGCGCUGGCCGUCAGCCAGGUGACGCUGCUCUGCUGGGACUCAGCUGGUGGGUUUGGCUGGUGAUUGGAGUCGGCUGCCUGGUUGUGAUUCUCCUCGUGGUCCUUAUCAUCGUCUUGUGCAAGAGGGUCAGAGCCAGGAAGAGGAAAUUUCUGAGGAUGAAGAAUUCCGCACAGCCGCUGAAACCCAAGAAGUACUGCCAGUGUGACCGCCAAGCAGCUGCAGCCAAACCGCAGCAAGGGCGCCGGAGAGAGAAGCCAUCAGCCCUCCCUCUGCAACCAUGCUAAUGAAGUGACAUGAAAGGCGAAACUGAAGAAAAGAGAGAAGAACGAAAGAGAGGUGGUUCGAGGGGGAAACGAGGAAGAGAUGGAGAGAGGGAGAAGAGGACCCCGUUGUGAAUACGCCGUGAAUGUAAAUGAGCCUUUAAAUGCGUGUGAUGAAAAACAAACCAAGUGUGAUGAUGUAAACAUUUUUCACUAAGUGUUACCGAUGAACAUACAAUACCCGUCUCAGCCUGUCCGUCUCCUACGACUCUGUAUCGACUCACCUGAGAACCAUUCAGUCAGACUGUCAUUCCUGUUUGUUGACUUUGUCUGUUUCCCUCCAUUAUUAUGCAUUCCUACUUAUUUUCCUGAAGACUUGAACUGUCUUGUACUUUUUUUUUUUUUACAUUUAUGCAGCAUAUUAACAUGCAACACAGAGUGUAAAUCAUUAACAUUCAUAUAUAUACUGCCUGCAAUUUGUCCUGCAUGAACAUUUUCUGUCUUUUUUUUCUGCAGUUAAUAAACUAAAGAUAUCCAAGUGCAAA